AUGUCGCGACUCGGCAAAGGUCUCAAAAGGAAGUAUGAGAGUGAGUUUUUUCUUGGUUUCUCUUUGUUUUUCUUUUAUAUGAUUAAUUAUGAUUUCUAGAAAUUGGCGCGUUGCAACAACUUCACGAAAAGUACAUGUCACUAGAUCAGAACAAAAAUGUCCAGGUAAAUCAAACAGUCUUUUUUUGAUUGAUUUUCAAAGAUAUUCAUUUCAAGGUCAUGUACAUUUGGAUUGAUGCGACUGGCGAAAAUUUGCGAGGGAAAACCAAAACUUUUGAUUUUGAACCGAGAGAAGCAUCAGGUACUUGAGAUAAAGACUUGAGACAAAUUGAUGAUGCAAUUUUUUCUUAGAACUACCUAUUUGGAACUUUGAUGGAACUUCAACUGGACAACAAGUUGGGGAAGGAUCAGAUGUCUAUAUUCGACCAAUUGCUUUAUACAGAGAUCCAUUCCGUCCAGGGCCUAAUAAAAUUGCUUUGUGUGAAACAUUGGAUCACGAUUAUAAACCACAUCGUAAGUUUUUUUGAGAACAAAAGGAUGUUCUAAAAACUUGUCAGUUUGGUUGAAAGUAACAUAAUGAUCAACGGAAAUUCCCCUAUUUUGUUCAAAACAGGGGUUUAUGUGGGAAACAAAAAUAUGUUUUGAAAAACAUAAAAACAUUGGCAAAGUUCCAAUACUUGUAAACAACUGUGUUUCACCAGUUUGUUUUUCAGUAUCUGGAAAAAAAACCAUGUAGUUCAUAGAUCAACACCGACUACCAAGAGAAAAUCUGGGAGACAGUUCAAAAUAAUAAAUACCCUCAAAUUUACAGCAACCAACACUAGACAACAAUGUUUGGAAGUGAUGAACAAAGCAAAAGAAUUUGUACCCUGGUUUGGAAUGGAACAAGAAUACACGCUUCUCGAUUUAGAUCGACAUCCUUAUGGUUGGCCUAAACACGGAUAUCCGGGACCACAAGGUCCCUAUUAUUGUGCAGUCGGAUCAGAUAAAAUAUACGGGCGAGAAAUUGUUGAGGCACAUUAUAGAGCUUGUAUGUAUGCGGGAAUUAAAAUCAGUGGCACAAAUGCGGAAAGUAUGCCUUCACAAUGGGAAUAUCAAGUUGGACCGUGUGAAGGAAUUGAAAUGGGUGAUCAAUUAUGGGUGGCUAGAUAUAUUUUGAAUAGGUUAGCUGGGUGUAAAUUUUUGAUCGUUCUUUGAAAAAGCAAGAUAAAAACGGCAACAAAAUACAAGAUGAUAGUAGGAAAAAAAAGUUGUCAACGAAUUGAAAUUUUUGAUAAUUUUUUUCUAGAGUUUGUGAAGAUUAUGGCGUGGUGAGCAGUUUGGACCCUAAGCCGAUUUUGGGAGAUUGGAAUGGUGCUGGGUGUCAUCUCAAUUUCUCAACAGAAGUUAUGCGAACUCCAAGUAUAGAUGGGGCUGGGUAUAGGUAAGAUAAUUUUUUUUUUCUAUUGGGAAAGCAAAAAAAAAACAGAGAAAAAUUAGGAACGCGCCAAAAAAAAGUAUGUUUUUUUUGAAAAUGAUUCAGACAUCUGUUUUACUCAAAAGCGCCACCCCCUAUGCACACAAAACGCGUCAGCUUUUGCCGGCCUGACGCGUUUUUUGGUCCCUGUGAUAUCUUAUAAUUUGGUUUUUUUUCUAGGGCGAUUGAGGAAGCCAUUCAAAAGUUGUCAAAAGUUCACCUUGAACAUAUUGCAUAUUAUGAUCCUCAUGGUAUGUUUUUCGCAUUGAAUUAUCUUUUUUUAUUCGAAUUGGUUUUUAGGAGGCCGUGAUAAUGAGCGUCGAUUGAUUGGUGCAAAUGAGACGGAGACAAUUGAUGCGUUUUCAUCGGGUGUAGCGAAUCGCGAGUGUAGUGUUAGAAUUCCGCGACAAGUGUAUAAUGAUCAGUACGUGAGUGCUUUUGAGUGAAUUGAAACAAAAAUAUUCCAAAUAUUUUUUAAUGAUUUUUUUGGUAAAAUAUUACGAGCUCAAGAACUCAAAAAUGGCUCAAAAAUUCAGAUGUUUCAACAUCUAGGCAAACCUAAAAUGAUAAAUUUAUAAAAAGUAGAGAAUUAGAUAAAUUUUGUUGAUGAAUGUAGAUGUUCAAGGUUUUUUUUGAAAAACAGUUCUGCAAAAAACAUUUUUCAAUGCUACGUCUACCCUUUCACAAACAUUGGUUCCAUAUUUUCUAGGAACUUUCUUUCCAAAUUUUUCUGUUCCAAGGACAGUUACAGUAACUCACAACACCUAAUUGUCAGCUGUCACAGCUGCAACUCUUGUAUUUGAAAACAUCUAAUUUCAAUUUGAUGUAUUUUAUCAGGACACUAUGAACUUGUGCACCUGAUUGCCAGAUGUUCAUUUUCUAACACAGCUGCAACUUUUUUGAUUCAAAAAAUACUUCAGAAAACUAUUAUAUCACAAUAAUAGAUUGUAGAUUUUGAGAAUGAACUUGUGCACCUGAUUGUCAGCUGGUACAGCUGCAAUUUUUGUGAUUUGAACAUUUAAAAUACUCCGAUGAAAAACGGAAAAAACCCGGAAAAUUAGGGAAAUGAAAAAAUCUUUCUGAUAUCUCUCACUUAUUUCAGGGGUAUUUCGAAGAUCGUCGUCCAUCAUCAAACUGUGAUCCAUAUACAGUAACUGCUGCUAUGGUCAAAACGUGUUGUUUGACUGGCGAGGAUAGCAGAUUGACUAUGAAAUAUGUUCCGAAAUUCUAG